UUAAAAAUGUUUUUAAAAAAAAAAUAUGUGAGGACAACGCCUGCUGGGCUGGCUGAGGAGGAUUUGGGGGUUUCACUGCCGCUGCAAUAUCUUGCUCCCUGUGUGAAGUAGGAACUCGGGGGUGUGAAUGAGCUGAGACUCACGGCUGGUUAAAGAGCAGGUGACAAACACGCGAAACGCUGAGCGACAACCUGGCGGACACUCACUCGAGCGGCUUAAAUUCCUCAGCGGCUUUUAUCCUCGAAAGUAACCGGAGACUCUUACCGUUUGGGGAGAAACCGAAAAGUGUCGAAACAAAUGGUUUAAGGCUGAAUGUUCGCAGACCGGGACGGAUGUUUUGCAAAGACUGCUACUGCUGCUGCUGGUGCUGCUGCACGGGCCGUGGAUGUACAAAAGAACGAGAAUGACAGCAGACAAAGUCAAAGAGACGGCGCGCCACAAAGGAGGGCAACGCGGGACAUGUGUGUGCAAAGAAGCGGUGCCCUAGAUCUGUAACACAUCUGAGUAAUUCUGUCGUCCAUGCUUCUUUUAUGUUGUUUUGGGGCAGCAGUUCCUCAUCCCGCACCUGGAAAAACAAAAGAGUGCAUUCCCUGGCAGUACAUCUCCAUGCGUAAAUGGAGAGACGUGUGUGCGUAUUCGCCGUGCUCUUUUCCUUUGUGCUUACAAUAAAUUACGCUUGUUUUGUCACUUGUGUCCUGUCCCAUGACCGCACUAUCAUAGAUGCAUUAUAGACUUCCUCAUACUUCAUAUCUGCCAUGAGUGAUGGCGAUGCCUUCAGAAGCUUGCAGUAACGGUGCGAAGAGUAGCACUUACGAAAGAAGCUUCGGCGCACCGGAUCGCAAUGGUUAUGUGAAAACAUGUGUCAUUCCACUGUGGCGAGACCGACACUAUGAGUCGUGGGUGAGACUGAUGUUUACAAAAAUAUGGAGUUCGCAAAGACUCCGGAGUGCGGUGUGUGUGGGCUCGCUUUCGUUUUUUCUCGCUCUGCUGGUCAAAUGUGCAGACUGGAAAGCUGAUGCCAGCAGCAGCGCUGACAGCAGACUCUCGCAUUCAUCGUCUCCCCUUCACUUCGUUUCAGGCUGCGCAGCAGAGCUGUUGCAAACUUGCUGGAGUGUGGUUUCGCCAUUGUUCACCCUUGUAUGUGCCUUCUUUUGGGUCGGUGUGUACUUAAUCCGCUGCGGGGUUCUAAUCCAGACCGCCAUCUCCCUCCUAACCUUGUGCCACCUAGGCGAAGUAGCGGCGUGGUCUCUUCUGGAUGGGACAGAUGAGCAGCUGUUUUCAUUCACGACAGCGGCCGUUGUUGUGCUCCUCUGCGUGGCCACCGGCGCACUCAUGGUAGUACGGUUGAAUCAGGGCAUAUCGGUGAUCGUUUUCAUCAGCGUAGUCAGGACUAUCUCACUCUUCUCUCUGCACAAAGUGCGGGCCACUUGGAGACCAUACGUAGCGUACCUGGUUGGAGUGCUGGGCAUCCUGCUGGCGAGGUAUGCUGACAAGCUCCUUCCCAACCAAGGGAGACACAAGGAGGGCUGCACCCCUGUGACUGAGGCCAGGGAAGAGAUCCCUGUAUUUAAAAGGCGCAGGAGGUCCAGUUCUGUGAUAGCCUCAGACAUGGCACACAGUCAGUCCAACAGCAAGUCACAUCGCCGGACCUCUCUGCCAUGCAUCCAAAGAGACCAGAUGCUCCCCCGUUCGGAUUGGGACCACAAGAGAGGCUCCCGAGGAUCACAGUCAUCAGGCACAACUGUCAUGGUGGACAUAGCAGUGAUGGGAGAAGCCCAUGGACUAAUUACAGACCUGCUGGCUGACCCCUCUCUCCCACCCAACACCUGCACGUCGCUGCGGGCCGUCAGCAACAUGCUUACCACCCAGCUCACUUUCCAGCCCCUGCACCGGCCACGCCCUGCCCCCCUGCAUAACCCCAGCGAUGUCUACACCUGCUCUGACUCAGAGGAGGUACCUGAGAAAGGAGAGAAGACAUCCAUCCACAAGCGUCUGAGGCGGAGCCUCCACCCCGGCCUUCUGAGGAGGAUCUCUUCCACGUGGACAACCACCACCUCUGCCACAGGACUUCCCACAAUUGAGCCGGGACCCGUGCGAAGGGACCGCAGCGCCAGCAUCAAACCCUAUCAUGAAGCACUCACGUGCAGUUGUGGGAGACCAUACAUCAGACUGAACCAUGGUGAGGGCUCUUUAGACAAGGGAGACAGGAUACCACGUUCAGCAGAGGACCAAGUGGUUGUGUCAUCAGACUAUGACAGCACCCACGAAGCCAACCACAGUGACAGUAGUGAUGUAGCACAUACAGAGGACGAUGCAGAAGAAGGAAAAAACUCCCAGAAUGUCAUCCUCCAUGCACUAAUACCUCCGGAAGACAAACCAAUCUUGGCACCAGAGCCUUUAAUAAUGGAGGGCCUGGAACCUCUGAUGAGUCAGCUGAACAAUUGGAACUUCCCCAUCUUCACCUUGAUAGAGAAGACCAAUGGGAAAUGUGGACGAAUCCUCAGUCAGGUAUCAUAUAGGCUCUUUGAGGACACUGGCCUGUUUCAGACUUUUAAGAUCCCCGUAAAAGAAUUCAUGAACUACUUCCAUGCCCUUGAGAAUGGUUACAGAGACAUACCAUAUCACAACAGGGUCCAUGCCACAGAUGUGCUUCACGCAGUCUGGUACCUCACCACGCAGCCUGUGCCUGGCCUGCCCAGCCUCAUGACUGACCACGGCUCUGCCAGUGACUCAGACUCCGACAGUGGAAUAACACACAGUCACAUGGGCUUCCUGGUUUCAAAGACCUACACUGUGUCAGAAGAUGGUUAUGGCUGCCUGUCAGGCCUCAUACCUGCUCUGGAGCUCAUGGCUCUUUACGUGGCUGCCGCCAUGCACGAUUAUGAUCACCCAGGGCGGACAAACGCUUUCCUCGUGGCCACCAGCGCCCCACAGGCGGUGCUCUACAACGACCGCUCAGUUUUGGAAAACCACCACGCUGCCGCAGCCUGGAACCUCUUCCUGUCACAGCCAGAGUACAACUUCCUGGUCAAUCUGGACCAUGUGGAGUUCAAACGCUUCCGUUUCCUGGUCAUUGAGGCCAUACUGGCCACUGAUCUGAAGAAGCAUUUUGACUUCCUAGCUGAGUUCAAUGCCAAGGUAGGUGAUGAUCCAUCUACAGGUAUCGACUGGUCUAACGAGAAUGACAGGUUGCUAGUCUGCCAGAUGUGCAUCAAACUCGCUGAUAUAAAUGGGCCUCUGAAGUGCAAGGAGCUACAUCUGCAAUGGACAGAGGGCAUUGUCAAUGAGUUCUAUGAACAGGGUGAUGAGGAGUCCAGCCUUGGCCUUCCUGUCAGCCCUUUCAUGGAUCGAGCAGCCCCACAGCUGGCCAAACUCCAGGAAUCCUUCAUCACCCACAUCGUUGGACCCCUGUGUAACUCCUAUGACUCGGCCAGCCUCAUGCCUGGACGAUGGGUGGAACCCAACCCGGAGGAGGAGGGGCCAGAGGUUGGAGAGAAUGAGGAGGAGGAUGAGGAGGAUACUGCAGAGGAAGACACAUCCACCUGCUCAGAAGCGUCCCAGAAAGCAACUCCCAAGAAGAGGAGGAAAGUCUUCUGCCAGAUCACGCAGCACCUGCUGGAGAACCACGAGAUGUGGAAAAAGGUGAUUGCAGAAGAGAACCAAAAACAGGCACAAGGAGCGGAGCCUGUCCAUUUAAACAAUGUAGCUGAACCUAUUCUGGCUAUUCAUGAAGAGGAAGAGGAGUCAGGUAGCAGAGAGGAGCUGAUAGAAGGAGAGGAUCCAGAGGAGGAACCAGAAUGGCCUGUAGCUCUGAGGGAAGACUCUAAACCUCAAGAGCAACUAGAGGAGGGGGACCCACAAUGAAACAACACAGGGGAAAUAUGGCAUCAUUCAGGACAAGGACAUGAAGAAGUCUUACUUGGUUUUCUAUUAACUGACUCCUGUUUUUGCCAGCACAUCACUUAGACACAACACUGUAGAUGUUUGGGAAAUGUGUGCCUAUAAAGAAAAAAACAGGGUGGCAAAAUAUGUGCUUUACACAUGUUAUCUGAAUAUUUGAUUUCACCAAACAUAUAAAGCUUUCCAUAUUGCAAUACGGGACUAUUCCUAUACUUUGGGAUAAAAACUCUUUUGCUACUGUCAAAAGAAGAAGAAGAAGCCUGGUGGCACAAGCUUCAGCCCUUUGUGGUAACGCAGGACUCCAGAAAUUUGCUGCCAGUUUAUAUAUAAUCACUUCCUGAGUGCAUAUAUAUAUAAAUAUAUAUAUGAACUUGUGUUUCAAUUUUAGCAUUUUUGAGCUCUCCCACUGGCUGUGUGUUAUUUCUUUUGUUUUUGUUUUCUAUACAUGGAUUAUAAAGGGGGUCAAAGAAAUGAGGAACAUUGGUGUUUGCCAAAAUAAAUGACUCACUCUUGGGAAUUAGCAUACAAUAUCAACUAUUUACACAUUUUAUGUUUUCCAUUUGUUGCCAAAUGAAGUACUUUAUGCACCAUUUUAGUUUCACACAGAGACCCGAGGCUCGUCACGCUAUGCAUGUGUGCCCAUUUGUGCGUGCCUGCGUGUUUAAAUGAAUGCGCUCAUGUGCACAAUUCCUCUGCAGAUGACAUAGAUGAAUUCAGAAGGUUUCUUGUUAUUUGUAAUACAUUACUGUCCCAGAUAUUGUAUUCAAAGGACCUGCACCGGCAGCAAUCAUGCAUUCAAACAGAACCAGAAAACAGAUCCUUUUACCACUUAAGAAAACUUAACGCCAUCUCAAAAAAGGUGACAUUUAAUUCAAAUUCAUUUGUGUCCCCUCAAGUAUUGUUUAAAAAUCGCCUUUUGACAGGAAGUCCUUUUUUCUUCUUGUCAUCAUCAUUUUAAUACUCAUGCAGCUGGACUCAGUGUGUCGUGCAAUCUAUAAUUAGUGUUGCUUAAAAUCUGUAAACGAUGCUGACCUUGAACCCUCAGGAAACCCUCCCCAGCUGUUGAAAUUCAACGUGAACAUCACAUAACAGGACAUUACGUGAAAAACACACCAGAAAUCUAAACUUUAACUCUGUUCAUAAAAUAAGGCUUAGUUUAUGUCACAGCUGCUGACUUUGAUUUUUUCAUGGUGACUCUCUCUGAAUCCCAUCCUGGCACCUCAGGGAGUUAAUUCUUCUCUUCAAGUUCAGUGCAGGCAGAGUGCAUCAGCUGGUGGAUGAAGUUUCGCAAAGAAUAUUGAUUACAUCAGUUUGCAUGAUAAUACACGAAGGGAAUGUUUCCCCUGUCAUUUCAAAUUUAGAUGAUCAUAAUCUGUCUGUUUUUUCAACAUCACAUGACUUUCUCUCACGUCAGUCUUCUCACACUGGCGGUGCAGCAGCAUUGGAGCCAAAGCAAUUCUCUCUGUUUAUGUAACAAUUGCAGCUGUUUGGAGUUUGCGCUUUAUUUAAUGAAACCAGAUAAAUGCUGGGAACCGUUUUUAUGAUUUCACCCGGGUCAAGAUAACAGCACUGCAGCGUGUAAUGUCUUAUCAAUUUCACCUUUCGUCACAUCAGCUUCUUUCCAUGUGAUUUUUGUCCCGACUGUCUCCCGUUUCUUUGUGAUGGUGGGAAGUAUUUAUGAGUAACAUUGUAAAAACUGUGAAAUUUCACAGGAAUUAUUUUAGCAGCCAGACAUUCACCAACAAUUCUGACAGUUAAAUGUUAAGUCACAUUUUUCAACUGAAAUAAAGCCAUAAGUGUAAAUAACCAAGUACAUACAGAAGCUUGAAUAAGAUACAAAAUCUAAUGAAUAUCCAACUUAAUUUGAAUCACUGACAUUUACACACAAACUAAAAAAAUGAAUGCAUUGAAUUGAAUAAGUGCUCUAUUUAGAAUCAGCAGUUCAAAUUUCUGUUACGGAUGCAGUCAGCAAGCAUCUCAUGCUGCACCACUGCUCUCUGUCAUAAUCUGAUUUCUUUAAACUGAUCUUUGGAAAGGUGGACGGCAGAUAUACGAGUCUGUACACAUGACACGAGAGGUGAAAUUACACUGUAACACACGGCUGUGUCAACGCAUUGUAUUCUAGCAUAUCCUGCGUUGACGUAGCGUCACACAAUAUGUCCGGCUGUGCUGAAUAGCGCCGCAUCCACAAUGGGCCGUUCUGCUUUUUCUGCCUCUCCUCUGCAGUUUGUCUUACACAGGGAGGAGCGCACGCACAAGCUCAAUAAUUAGUUGACCUACUGAUUAGUAGGUCAUCUCAGAUGUACGAAACCCUUUAUCAGGCCAGAAUUCUUACAAGCCAUUGAAUCGGGACAAUGUUAGUUCUUUGGGCCUCAAAUGACCAUGGGUUGCUGGGUGCAUUGUGUCUUGUAAAUGCAUGCUCUUUUCUGUAUGCUGAUGCAUUUCAUGCCCAAUGAGCUAUAAUCAUCAUUACCUGCACAAUGGACACAUUUUAUUUCGCUUUGGAAAAGCCCCGUGAGUAUUCAUCAAUGUUAUGAAGAAAGCUGUUCAGUGUAUCUAAGCUUAAGUGGUGCAGAAUUGGAAAAACAUACAUUCUGUCUAUGACUCAUUGUAACUUCCACUUCCAGGCUGUACAAUUACACAAUUGCAUCACCUCAAACACUCUAGAAAUCCUUCCUUUUUGAAUGUAUAUAUACAUUAUUUAGUGUAUCUGCGAGAGCAAAACAGUGUGUGUUUCUGUUUCUAUGUUUAUUCUUCCAUUGACCCCUCUAAUGUGACUCCGUCCUGUAUUUAAUUAUCUUGUACUGUUGGGGAGAAGGGGAUAGAGAUUGUGAAGUAAUGAAGGGCAAAGCGAUGCUGUGAGUAGUUCUUCAAUUCUUCACGGAUACUCAGAUGAAAUUAUUAUUCACAGAAAGUCCUAUAGGAUAUUUCUCCUCGCGCUUCCUCUUUGAUCUGCGUACUCUUAGCCUCACAGACAUAAGCACUAGAGCAUUCAUCACGCAACAUCUUUAAAGGCCAGCGGACUGUGUCCACUGUGUUUAUUUCCUGGUGAUUGCAAGUGUAACGCGUGCGCAUUUUGCCCCACAGUCACAUCAAGUCAAUACUUGCAUUUGAGUGGAUACCACCGUAUAUCAGUUUUAAUCGUGUAUAUUUUGUGUCGUCAUUUGUUUUAGUUGAUUGCCAUGCUUAUUCACACAUGUAGAAUAAUUGUAACCAAGAGAACCAAACAAGUUUUACAAUUACGUAAACAAAAGGAGAUGAUGUAUUUUUAUAUAGUUGACACAUAAUUAACGAAUUAAUUGCUUUCUUCUCACAAGUACCUUGCACUUACCACAUGUACUAAAGAAGAAUAUGUCCAAAUACAUAGUAUUUGUGAAAGUAAAAUAAUUGAUUUCCUUGCAGGUCGAUGCUCCAUUUUGUACAAAAUACAUACAUGCUGUACAGUGAAGAAAUUUUAAAACUACAAAAACUCUUUUAGAUAUACAUUAUUUAUUUUUACCAUUUUGUAAUUUAGACACUAUACUGUAGCUUCAAUAUUGCCAGACUUACUGGAAGUGCCUAUAUUGGUAUUAUGUAUUAUACAGUGAAUAUAUUUGAAGAUCAGUAGACGUCACAAACUGAACCAUGUGGAUGUUGUAAUGUGAAUACAUUGAAUUACAAGAUUACAGUUUCUGUGGUAUGCUUGUGUCGAUGUGUCGCAUCUUCUUUGUAUUUAAUUCUAUAAACGCGUACAUGAUAACACAAUUUCCUGAUCACUUCAAAGUGCCAUGUUUUAUUAAACCAUCUUU